UCAGAUUUCAGCUGCUGAAACUGAGGCGGAGUGAACCAUCAGACUGCAGGGAGGAUCUUUGUGCUGAUCAGACAGACAGACAGGUAGACAGACAGACAGACAGACAGACAGACAGACAGGUAGACAGACUGGUAGACAGACAGACAGACAGACAGACAGGUAGACAGACAGACAGACAGACAGACAGGUAGAAAGACUGGUAGACAGACAGACAGACAGACAGACAGACAGGUAGACAGACUGGUAGACAGACAGACAGACAGACAGACAGGUAGACAGACUUGUAGACAGACAGACAGACAGACAGACAGACAGACAGACAAACAGGCAGACAGACUGGUAGACAGACAGACAGACAGGUAGAAAGACUGGUAGACAGACUGGUAGACAGACAAACAGACAGACAGACAGACAGACAGGUAGACAAACAGGUAGACAGACAGGUAGAAAGACUGGUAGACAGACUGGUAGACAGACAGACAGACAGACAGGUAGAAAGACUGGUAGACAGACAGACAGACAGGUAGACAGACAGACAGACAGACAGGUAGAAAGACUGGUAGACAGGUAGACAGAAAGACAGACAGACAGGUAGACAGACAGAUCAAACAGUCAUGUAAUAAUACCCUGAAUAAAGUGGCUCAUGCGUGGUAAAGCUCCGACAGUGGUUUAGUCCCCCCCUCCAGUCUGUGUGAAUGGACUCGUCCAGCUCCUUAUUAGGCAGCAGCAGGGGGCGGGGCGGCUCAGCUGGAUCAGCUGAUGCAGCAGGUCUGAGGUUCUGGUGGGCCACAUAUUAACUCCUGGGCCUCAGCAGCCCCUCAGCUGUCCCUGCAGGUUGCACCCGGACCAGACUGGACCGAACCGAGCCGGACCGGACCGGAGGAGAGACCGCAGCCCAGAGCCAAGCUGCCGCCGAGUAGGCGAUGCAGCAGCCGAAGCCGGAGGUGGAGAAGAACAGGACGGACCGUGAAAAGGUAGAAGAACCGGAGGAGGUCUAGACCCGGAGCGGCUCUCUGCAGCCCGGACCAUGUGAGACCCGGACCACGUCCUGAGAGAUGCCGGCCCGGAGGUUGUGGCUGCAGGAGCGGAGGAAGCCCGGACGGUCCCGGAGCGGCGGGGGGCGGCGGGCCGCGGGGAGAGGCGGGCCCCGGGGCCGCCGAGCACCGGACAGACUGGCGCUGAGACCCGUCAACGUGAAGGGGAACCGGGCCCGGGGCAUGCGGGCCCCCAAGAACACCAACCAGUUCCUGAUGCACGAGAAGUACCAGAUGCUGCACCUCCGGUCCGACUCGGUAGGGGGCGACAGCUGCAGCUCCGACAGCGACCCGGACCUCACCGACAUGGACUCAUACCUGGGGGUCCUGGAGAACGCCAGAGGAGCCCUACUGGACAGUCCAAACCCGCACGCGUCCAGCCCACCAGGACCCUUCCUGGUCCUGCAGGAGGGUCUGGUUCUAGACCAGGAGGGUCUGGUUCUGGACCGGGAGGGUCUGGUUCUGGACCAGGAGGGUCUGGUUCUGGACCAGGUUCUGCAGGAGGACAGCCUGCAGUACUUCCCCUCUGAGGACGACCUGCUGCAGAGCCAGAACUUCAUGCAGAAGGACUUUGUGGACUUCUGUGACGUUCUGAGGAGACUUUAGGAGACAUUUUGUUCUCUGCAGGUCUGUGGACCAGAACCAGGUCCAGGAGCCUUCAAAGACCGCAUUCCCAGGAGGAGAUUCUUCAGCAGAACCAAACCUUUUAAAGCUUUGUGGGGUUUUUUUUUUUUUUUAACAUUUCUGCAUUUUUUAUGAGACUUUAAAGAGCAACAGGAGAAAAGAGUUUCCUGCUUUAACAGACUGAGAGGCUCUACUGGGCUGUGUGUGUGUCUGUCUGUGUGUCUGCUUGUGUCUGUGUGUGGGUCAGGAAACAAAAUGACAAAAAACAUGAGAGGGAAGACAAAAAUCAACAAAAACAAGACAAAAUAUUACAAAAAUGAGACAAACGACAAAACAAAGCAAAAAGAGAAAAAAAUUUGACAAAAAGUUACAAAGCGACAAAAAUGAGACAGAAAACUACCCAAACGAGACCAAAAAUGACAAAAACAAGGAACAAAACGACAAAAAAGUAGACUAACAACACAAGCAAGACAAAAAACCCAAAAAUGACACAAACCAUGGACAAAACAAUGACUAAAGUGAACUACAAAAUGACAAAAAUAACACGAAACACAAGCGAGACAAAAAGGAAACACAAAACAACAAAAACGAGAAACAAAACGACAAAAACAUGAGAGGAAAGACAAAAAUCAGACAAAAAAGCAACAAAAACAAGAUAAAAUAUGACAAAAAUGAGACACAAAAUGAAAAAAGAGACAAACGACAUGAAACAAAGCAAAAUAGAGGCAAAAAAUUUGACAAAAAAGUUACAAAGUGACAAAAACAAGACAAAAAAAAAAAACGACACAAACUAGACCAUGCUGUGUGUCUCUGUUGUGUGUCUGUUGCAUCUGUGUCUGUGGUUGUGUGUGUCUGGUUGUAUGUCUGUUGUGUGUCUGCUGUUGUUGUUGCUCACACAAAGAGAAAUGGGCUGGAUGUGGGAGUGAGCCCCAGCAACCAAUCAGCAGCCAGCAGGGCGGGUCAGGCUGCGGCUGAUUGGCUGCUGCUGCCUGUGAUGAAUAAAAGCCUUUAGACUGUAAUAAAGAAGGAACAGUGA